UGUACUGUUAGCCAACUUGCACUUUCCAAUGAUCAGCAGUCAUUGCCUGCCUGUGAGGCAUUACGGCAGGAACACGUUUACUGCCGUUACAUUGAAAAUACAUGUAAGAGUUUGCGUCCAUGUGCCAAUUUGUGUAGAGGAAGAGUUCAUAUAUUUAAAAAGAAUAUUUUUAUGGCAAUGCUGAAAUAAUGGACACAGGGACAGUUCGUCUUGUGAUAUUUUUGGGAAUGUUUCUGGUUUUUGCCAGCGAUUACAGUUCAUUGAUAUCGACAAUUUUUGGAAGUAACUCAGAACGUAAUUCGACAUUUAAAAGAUUGAAGGGUCCAUCAAAAAAAGAUAUUUCUUCUGAUAAAGUGUAUAAGGUAGCGGUUAAGGUGGCUAUCGAAGACAAGAAUGUUAUUUCUCGACGUUCAAAGAUGAUGACAACGAUCAAGACUGCUUGCUUGCCUAAACUUAUUUGCGAAUUGACAUCACAUGUAUAUCAAGAACAACUGACGGAGAUGGAAAUGACAUUAUUGAAUUUAAUCAGAGACACCAGUUUAACAACUAUGGCUGAAGUUCCGUCAAGAUAUCACUUUGCUGCGCAUAUGGGUCAAUUAAUAUCAGGUCUCGAAGGUCAAGGAUGCCAUAACUUCUACCCUACUUGUCCACUGCCUGGACUCAGUGUACUAAACAUGAUGAAGAAAAUUAGGAUACGUUAAUUGGUGCUUCUGAAUGAAUUCUCUUACCAUUUUGCUAAUAAAGGCUGUGACAUCAUGCUUUGAAAUAAAACUCUUCUCUUUUAUUAUUUUAACAUUUAUAA